AUGGCUACUUAUACGUGCCAAACCUGUCAGGCUGUGGGCCUGGAGGAUAUAGGCAAGCAUCUAUCGACGACGCGUCACAAACUAGUCAAGUAUAAUCCGUUGGACGAGGUGAUCAAAUGUGAAGAUUGUGAGGAUUCGAACAUUCAUCUCUUGAACAUGAUAAGGUACGGCCUCUCUGAUAUCAGCCUUCUAUGUAACGAUUGCAAGCUGAAGCAAAGCUCUGGAGAGAUUUCGGCUACAUACUCUCUCUCAAAUGGUUCUUUGUUUGUCAAGUUGCCUCAGUACUUCAAGUUUAGAGACAUCCACUGUGGCAUCUGCGAACUGGAAAGUGAUCUUCAUGUGGCUAACGACGGGUCAACGCAAUACAUAUACUGCAAGAAGUGCAUUGAUGAGAAAAUCCCCUCAAUCAAACGGAAUUUAUCCUUUGUUAGUGAAGAUAGCGACUCGUUCUUGUUUGCCCUACUAGGCAUCAAAGAGUAUGUUCCUAAGCCGGGGGCGAAGGCAAAGAAACUUGCUCGAAAAGUGAAAGGUAAAGGUGGAAAAAGACAAAGAAAACUUAAGCCUGAUGCAGAGGAAAGAAAAGCUCACUAUGAGUCCAAAAUGGCCACCAAGGCAAGGUUUCAGCAGGCUAAAACAGUGAAAGCAGUGGGCUCCUCAUCCACACCUUCGCCCACCCUCUCCCGUUCAGCGACUCCUCGCUCGUCUACUCCUAAUAACCCCAAGAGAGACACAAAGAAAACGACAGCAUCGAAGCCAAAAGGUGCAAAACCAUCGAGGACACCGACACCCCAACCUGAGAUGAAAGAGAAAUCCGAUCCAAAAGAACAUAUUGCGAAAAAAGCUCAGUCUGUCUCAAAACCAAAGAAAGAAUCAAAUGGCAUGCCUUCAAAAUCAUCUACGGUUAAGGCUGAACAAAAGAUAGACAGGAAGACCAGUAAGUCUGCGAGCUCAAAGGUCAACGGUGGUUCAAAGAAGACUAAUGAUAAAAAGGCACCCCCACAGACACCAGAAGCACCUCCAGCCAAGUCAAAAAAGCAAGAGGACGAGAAGCAAACAUCUCCUGGGCACAGUAAAGGACAAAUGCUGGCUACUACCACUUCCUUGAAAUUACCUCCGAACAUUUAUGAGAUCAAGCCGGCGCCAGAACCGCCUAUGCUGUACCCAGACUUGAAAUCUUACUUCAAUGAAAUGUGUAUCAAUUUAUUGCUUGAAGAAAAGGCACAACUCAAUGCUGAAAGAAUUCCCAUGUUAGGUCCUGACGAAUUCGUGUUGGAGUGGUAUCAAGAGAAUGAUCUAAAACACAAACAGUAUAAAGCUCAGGUCCUUCUUACCCCUGAGAUUCUUGACAGGUAUCUCACAAAAAAUAUGCAAGCAGUCAAGCAAACUCCAUUUUCACAAGACCAAGGUUUGAUCUUGCUUUUGGAUGAUCGAAUACCCUGGUACGGCAGAAUAGCCAUGGUAGACACUUUUAGCUCCCAAAAACCACAGAAAAAAGGCUACAAAGGCAAAGGAAAAUCCAGACCGCCAAGUUCAAAUCACCCUCAAAUCUGUGAAAUGGCCGUUGAGCUCUUCUCUUGGAAUACGAUGCCUCUUCCAACUACAGUUGAUAUUAAACACUUGAAGCUACUACCAGUGUCUGUUCCUGUUAGUAGAAUUUUCACGGCAAUGCUGAACUUGCGUAACCCAUCCUUCAUUGACUUGGUUUUGGGUAACAAAGAAGUAAAGCAAAUUAAUUUCAAAAACUACUUGCAACUCACUAGGGAUACGUUUAAUGAGUCUCAGAAAAUAGGCUUGCAAUCAGUUCUCAAUAAUGCCAUCACCGUCUUGCAAGGACCGCCGGGAACUGGAAAGACUUCAACAAUUCAUGAAAUUAUUUUGCAAUUACUUGAAAAGAUGAAUGUAUCACCAAUUUUGGUGGUUGCAGCCUCUAACAUUGCCAUCGACAAUAUCGCGGAGAAACUAUUACCAAAAUACGGAAAGUCCAUUUUGAGAAUAACAUCGCUCCAGAAGGAGUUUGAGUAUAACAGAGACCAUCCAUUGGCAUCCAUUUGCUUACACCAUAUGACCUUUGAUGGCCUUCCUUUGCAUCUUCAAGAAGCUCUCAAAGACUUACGAAGACCAGGCGUAAAGGUAAGCAAGAAACAGUACCAGCUGUUAAUGUCUGCAUUGAUAACUCAAUCAAGUAAGUUAAUUGCGCUGAAAAAGGUGAUAUUGACUACAACCGUUGCCGCUGGCAGCAUGCAAUUAAAAGCUCUUCCCAAAGUCCCAGUUGUUAUAAUGGAUGAGGCCACCCAGUCCUCAGAACCAACUUCCCUUAUACCACUUUCGAUGAAUGGUGUCGACAAGUUUGUUUUUGUUGGUGAUCACAAGCAGCUAAGCAGCUUCUCUGAGGUACCAAAUCUUUCCUUGUCCCUUUUCGAAAGAAUUCUUCGAAACGGCACUUACAAAAUACCACACAUGCUUGACACUCAAUACAGAAUGCAUCCAGCAAUAAGUGAAUUCCCGAGACAAAAAUUUUAUAAUAAUCUUCUUAAAGAUGGUAUAACUGCAGAAGACAGAAAAAUGAAAGGGAUUCCAAUUAAUCCCGUCGUGUUUUGGGAUACUAAAGGUAAGAAUCCGGAAUCACCUGUCCACACAAGAUUUGGUGUGACAUACGCUAAUGGGGGUGAGGUCAAUUACAUUGAGCAGGUCUUGAUGACUCUCGUAUUCGAGAAAGGUAUCAAGAAAUCCGAUAUUGGUAUCAUCACACCCUACAGAGGCCAGCGAGAUUUGAUUUCAUCCACGCUCGUCAAGAAUGAUGUCAUCAAUCCCGACAAGGAUAUUGUACACGAGGAUGUUGACCGAGAUGAUUACUACAGCAACUCAAAGCCUCUCACUGUACAUAUUGUGUCUGACAUAAUGGUUGCAUCCAUUGAUGCAUUUCAAGGAAGAGAGAAGAAAUUUAUGAUCAUGUCUUGCGUGAGGUCAAAUGAUGCCAAUAAAGUUGGAUUUUUGAAGGAUGAAAGAAGACUCAAUGUGGCAUUGACAAGAGCUCAAUACGGUCUUAUUUUAGUUGGUGAUGCGGAUUGCCUCAAGCACGAUCCAUUGUGGAGAGAAUACAUCGAAGAUCUUGCGGUGAAAGGUCUGCUACUCGUUGGAGACAGCUUCGUCUAUUCGUAA